CGGAGUGUGCUCACUUUCCCUGACCAAACAAACCAACAGCGAGGGGUGGUUAAACAAACCAGCGAUCAUGAAUGGCACGGAGGGACCGGACUUUUACAUCCCCAUGUCUAAUGAGACCGGCGUGGUGCGCAGCCCAUACGAGUACCCACAAUACUACCUGGCAUCGAAAGGGGCGUUUUACUGUGUCGCCGCGUACAUGUUCUUCCUCAUCGUUACCUGCACCACCAUCAACGGCCUCACGCUGUACGCGACCGUUGGAAACACGAAACUUCGAACACCCCUGAACUACAUCCUUCUGAACUUAGCCGUGGCUGACCUCUUUAUGGUGUUUGGUGGAUUCACGACCACCUUCUACACCUCCUUGCAUGGAUAUUUCGUCCUGGGACGUGCCGGCUGCAACAUAGAGGGCCUGUUCGCUACCCUCGGUGGUGAGAUCGCGCUCUGGUCUCUGGUUGUCUUGGCUGUUGAGAGAUGGGUGGUCGUCUGCAAGCCCUUCACCAAAUUUCGCUUCAGCCAAUUCCACGCCACCCUCGGUGUUGCCUUCUCUUGGACAAUGGCCUUUACGUGUGCCAUACCGCCUCUAGUCGGAUGGUCCCGCUACAUUCCUGAGGGCUUGCAGUGUUCAUGCGGAGUGGAUUAUUACACAUUGAAUCCUGAGACUGAGAACGAGUCUUUUGUCAUCUACAUGUUCGUCGUGCACUUCUCGAUCCCGCUCAUGGUCAUUUCUUUCUGCUACGGACGUCUGCUCUGCACUGUCAAGGUAGCAGCCGCCCAGCAGCAGGAAUCUGAGACUACCCAGAGGGCAGAGAGAGAAGUUACCCGAAUGGUAAUCCUCAUGGUCAUUGCUUUCCUAAUAUGUUGGGUCCCCUACGCCAGCGUCGCCUGGUAUAUCUUCACCCACCAGGGGAGUCAGUUCAGCCCCAUCUUCAUGACCAUCCCGGCAUUCUUCGCCAAGAGCUCAGCGCUCUACAACCCGCUCAUUUACAUCUUCAUGAAUAAACAGUUCCGUCACUCCGUGAUGGUAAUAGUGUUCUGUGGAGACGAUCCAUUCCACGACGAGGAGGAAGCAAGUUCCACCUCAAAGUCUAAGACAGAGACCUCAUCCGUCUCCUCCAGCUCUGCAUCUUCUGCCUGAGGGUUGUGCUCAAGGUUAUUUGUGGAAUACAUAGUCAACUGCCUGCUACCUGGGACAGCAACUUUCCUGUAAGGACACAUGGAAAAUUCUGAAACGGCAGAUGGAGUUGUAUACUAAUAUCUCUGUACACAGGCUUUUCAAUACAGCUCAGACUGUGCAUGGGAUACAACGAUUUUAUAUAAAAAAUUAUAAUAUGUGCAAUUAUUAUUAUUACAGCAGGAUUAUAAAGUAGCAGGACAAGAGCACUUUAUAUUUAUAUGUGAAUACACCUAAUAUGUUUGCCUCUUCGCAUAAUGCUGGGCCAGGCACAACGCAAGUGUUUCAGCCCGACGCAGUUAUCAUUUUUUUUUUAUGUCCUGCACCACGUUGUUUAAAUAGCAAAUGCAUUUGCGCCGAUUUGUGCGCCCAUGCACUGGUCUGAAAACGAGGUUGCAAAACGUUGCUAUUUCAAAGUCCUUUUAGGCGAGUCAUGCCACUCGGCCGCCAUCUUGGCAACGCUUCCGGGCAGCUAUUUCAGACU